CGCAGAGACACGUUUGCACAGUUUCAUUGCGCGAAAACGCGAAACGGUUCGGCAACCAACACGCGUGCAUCGCAUGUUUGAAUGCGUCGUGAGAUCCGCAGAGUCUGGGAUCGGGCUGGUGUUAUGGUAUAAAGAGGGCGCGCUGGAGAGGUUCGGAUGGUCAUCAAACUACUUUUGUUUCACUUUGAACCUCUACCUCACGCUUACUAUACCAUCAUGAAAGUCCUCGUCAUUGGAGGUUCUCGCAACAUUGGAUACUAUGCCUCUCAACGACUCCUUAAUGCAGGAGCGACUGUCACGUUCUUGCUCCGUAAAAGGUCGUGCUUUGACUCGGACGAAAGCAUAAAGCCAUACAUUGCUUCUGGAAAGGCGCGUCUCGUCCAAGGAGAUGCUUUAAAAGAAGAGGAUGUCAGUCAGGCUUGGGAGGCUGCCUCAGAAGGAGACGAUGGCCCCCUCGAUGUCGUCCUCUUUUCAGUUGGAGGAGUUCCGAAAAUGUCAAUUACGAAGGGUGCCGUCUUAGACCCUCCUGAUAUCUGCACACGGUGCAUGGUUAACCUCCUCUCAAUUUACCCCCGUGACCCUGCAACUCAACCCAAGCUUGUCCUCGUCUCCUCGAACGGUCUCAGCAAGAGUGCUCAUUCCUCGCUGCCAUUCGUCAUCAAGCCGUUAUACAGCUUCGUCUUAGACGGACCGCAUAAAGAUAAACUUGGAAUGGAGCGUACAGUACACCAUGCCGCAGGUUGGGAAUGGCCGACGGAGGAUGGCGAACCGAGUAAAGAUAUUCUCCCGGACGGGUGGCAAGCCCGCGUUAACCCACAGGGAUGGUUGAAACAUGUUGUCGUUGUCCGACCAGCGCUGCUUACUGAUGGUGAUAGUAAAGGGGAUGAGAAGCCGAAGAAGAAUGGCAAACCCCCGUACCGCACGGGCGAUAAAGAUUUGAGUGGAAGUUAUACAGUUAGCAGGAAGGACAUCGCGCAUUUUAUUGUUACGCAGGCCCUUGCUGAGUGGCCGAAAUGGGAUGGAAAGUGUAUUAGGGUCGCGAAUUGAUUGCUGUUUCACGGUUUUAUGUACAAUUAC